AUGCUCGAAGUUAAAAACCUAACGCUUGAAAGUGGAGUAGAGCAAUAUCAAAUUAUAAGAAGUUGUAGUUAUGGUAGAAACUUUAAUGUGUAUAAAGCAUAUGAGACGAAUAAACCAAAAGUUCAUUAUGUAAUAAAAUACUACAAUACAAGAGAUGUAUUUGAAAGAGAGUCAAAAAUGCUGAGUGAAUUAUUAAACGCUGAGAAUAUUAUGCAAAUGAUAACAUUUAGUCCAUCACGAGCAAUUGUUGUAUGCGAAUGUGGUCUAUAUGACUUGGAAACCUUUUUGAGCCAUCAAGAUUAUAACCAGAGGCACGAAGAAAAGUGUGGAAUAAUAAAGGAUGUUGUAUCGGGUAUUUUAGAACUUAACAAACAUAAAAUAGUUCAUAAUGAAAUAACGCCACAAAAUAUCAUGUACUUUCAAGAAAAGGACGGCGAAAGAUGGAAAUUGAUUGAUUUUGACGAAGCGUGUUUUGUUGGUAGUUCAAAUUAUGUAAACCUCAUAACAAAUUAUUCGGCUCCAGAAGUUAUAAAAGCAUACGAUAAAAAAAUUGAAAUUAUAGCUAAUUUUGCAAUCGAUAUGUUUUCUUUUGGGCUAGUUUUAUACUAUCUUGAAACGGGACAACAUUAUUGGAAUCGUGAAAAUGAUGAUGAAAAAAAUGAAAUAAUUUCAGCAAAAUACUUGCCACUUAGUAAUAUUCGUGAUAAUUCCGCUUGCUACGCUAUAAGAAAAUUGCUCGAUAAAAACAUUUCUCGAAGAAUGUCGUUAGAGGAAUUCAUGAGUGAUAAGCGUAAUAGCGAAAUUUCAAUUCGUAGUAGUAUAUGUUUAGGCGAACGCCUUUUAGAAGAACCAACGAACAUUGUUAAUAAUAAAUAUAAUGUAUAUGAUAAUAUUUCUCAGGCUGGUUUUGAGGUUCAACCCGGAAUAAGUGAAGCAGAGUUUCAAGCAAAAUUAGCACAGAGAACAUUUCAAAUUUUCCUUGAAAAAUAUCAUAACGAAAUGAAACAAAGCCUAAAGAUCUUGAAUGAUAAAAUUGAUAACUGUACGAAAGCCGUAGAGGAUUUAUCUGAAUUAACCAAGAAAAUUCCACAAUGGUUGGCCCAAUUGAAAAAUGAAAAGGUUCCUAGAGUAUUCGUUAUGGUUCCUGAUCGAAAAGAUUGGAAAAAGCCAAUGACGUGGUUGUUUUCAAAGCCAUUUCGUCUUCUAUUUGUUUGCGAACACAAGAAACGAUGGCACAUUCCAGAACAAGAAGGUUACAAAGUUGUUGAAGUUCCUCAAUUUAUUAAAAAGUAUGGACCAUGGAUAAAUCUUUGUCUAAAAACAUUAUCAUGUGCUAUAGGAGUUAUGACAUUAAAUGCCUUUCCACAAGUUGUUACUGAUAUUCUAUCAUCAAUUUUUAACAUAACUGAGAGUUCUGAUGUUAUGAAAUAUUUUCAAGAAAUUAUUGAUACUAUUGACAUAGGUGUAAAAACCAUGACCGAUGAAAAUCCUGAUUUUAUUCCUUUGAAUCAAGAAGAAGUUCAUAUUCCUCAUCAAAUGAUAAAUGCUUCAGGUCUUCAUAUGCUAAAAAAAUUUCUUGAUACGCAAGAAAGUGCGGAUCAUUUUGGUGGAUUGGUACAAUGCGUUGACGAAGAGACUCAAGAGAUUUUAUGGAUAUGUAAAGAACAUAGAAAUGGGUAUUGCGUUAGACCUAAUGAACAACCAGAAAUGGCACCCGCUCCCCCGAAUUCCGGUUUAUCUCAACUAAAAUUAAACCUGCAACCUAAACAUCGAAAUUACCCACCAAAUAUAUCGACAUUAAAUAUGACUCCAAAUUCAUCCCCUACAAGGUCUCCGAGAAUAAAGCAAACUCCAACAUCUUUGCCAAUUUCACCAUCAUUAACGUUAUUAUCUCCAUCCGAGACUUCUCCAACCGAAACUAUAUUCGUACCCCCGGAAGGAGAUUAUAGUAAAUAUUAUACUAAAGAUUCAACCGAUCCAUUAGAUCCAUACUAUGCAUUAGAACAUGCAUACCAAAUACUUUGUGAUGUAAUAGCGAAUACAGUUUCAUCUGGAAGAAAACAUUUUAAAAAUGAUGAGGUUAAGGCAAUCGCGCAAAAAAUGUAUAGACAUAAGAACAGGAUUAAAGAUUUAUGUCCAAAUUGGGGCGAUAGUGCUCAGAAAGUUCAAUUUAUAAAUAUCAUAAAAGAACAAGUACAUUUAUAUAUUUAUUUUUUAAGGUCAAUCGUGCGUUAUUGUGUUGUUCAUUCUGUUAGAAAGAAGAUGAAAUAUUUGUUUAAUGACACCAUUGAUAUUAGACACAUAUUAAAAGCCGGAAAAUCAUUCAACAAUCUUUUGGGUAAAUUAAUAUCUUGUUUGGAAGCAUCACAAGAUGACAUCCAUAAUGUUUCGAUCCAAGUUGAAUUAGAUUAUUUUGUGAAGGAAAUGAAACUGAACAUAAAUAUUGAUGGUUUUAAUAUAAUUAAUGAAAGAGCUUUAACUCAAUGGUAUCAUACAGUUGAUCGAACAUGCAUCGAAAAUUUAGAAUCUCCAUCAGAAGUGAUAGUCAAAGGAGUACUUUUUAACUCAACGAGAAGACUUUUAGAUAAUUGGAUUGUCACAGGGAGAUCUUUAAAAUAUCUCGAUCAUGCCGUAAAUUUGUCGUGUAUCGAGAAAGAGAUUUGUCUUUACAACGAACAUAAAUUAAAUAAUAUCGAUUAUAUCAUUAAAUUUGGCGGAUAUUCAAUUCAUAAUUGUACUCCCACAUUAUUUUAUGAAUUUGCAAAUUUUGGUGACCUUUUCUCAUAUUUUCAAGGUAAUCAGACGGACCUUUUAAACAAUUGGGAAGAAAAAAUUAAAUUAUCAUUAGAUAUAACGCAAGGGGUAAGAUCUUUGCAUAGACAAGGAAUUUUACAUUUGGAUCUUCGAAGUGCAAAUAUAUUACUGCAAUAUGACGAAACGGAAAAGAUGCUAAUACCAAAAAUAUCUAAUUUUCUUUGGAGCAAAAACUUACAUUCCAGAAAGAAGACUCUAGCGUAUCCAAAAAUAACGAUUCCACUUGAUGAAAUGGUUUGGAAACGAUGGUAUGACCCAGAUAGACUACUAAAUGAAGAUGACUUUGAAUCACUCCUUCCUUCAUCUGAUAUAUAUAGCUUAGGAUUAUUAUUUUGGGAAAUCGCUUGGUCCAAAGCGGGAAAUCUGCCAUUUAAAGAUAUUUCAAUUGAUAAACUUUAUGAUCACUUACGAUCUAAUAAUAAGGAAAAAUUACCAGAGAUAUCAGAAGAAUAUAGAAGUUGGGGGCAUCUAAUAGAAAGAAUGUGGCAAAACAAAUCAGAACAUAAUUGUAAUAUUCAUGCUGUAGAAAAAACUUUGAUAAAAUUAUUUAAAUGCAGAAAUAAUUCGUUCUCAAGUAAUGAGAUAAUGUCACCAAUGUCACCUAUUCAAAUUUAUCAGAGAUCAAAUUUUAAUUAUUAA